CCAGGUGCGCUCACCUGGCGCGCAGGUAAAGGCAGCAGCGCCCGUCCGUCCCUCCGUCCGCCAUGGCCAACUCCGGCUUGCAGCUGCUGGGCUUCGUGCUGGCCCUGCUGGGCCUGAUCGCCCACCUGACGGCCACCAUCCUGCCCCAGUGGCGGGUCUCCUCCUUCGCCGACGGCAGCAUCAUCACCGCCCAGUCCUUCUACAUGGGGCUGUGGAUGGAGUGCGUCUGGCAGAGCACCGGCCAGCUCCAGUGCAAGGUCUUCGACUCCAUGCUCUCCCUGGGCGUUUACUUACAAGCCACCCGGGCGCUGAUGGUCAUCUCCAUCGUCCUGGGCGUGAUCGGCAUCGGCAUCGCCACCAUGGGCAUGAAAUGCACCCACUGCGGGGACGACAACAAGACCACCAAGGCCCGCAUCGCCAUGACCAGCGGCAUCGUCUUCCUGGUGGCCGGUUUGUGUUCCCUGAUCGCCUGUUCCUGGAGUGCAAACCAGAUUGUCCAAGAUUUUUACAACCCCUUGUCUCCCAUAAACAAAAAGUACGAAAUUGGCCCUGCCAUCUUCCUCGGCUGGGCGGGGGCCGCCUUGUCGCUGAUUGGGGGCGGAUUGCUCUCCUGCUCGUGUCCAGGGGCCGAGCCCGGGUACAAGAACCGCCAGUAUCCGGCGCCGAUGCCCAUCUCCAAACCCCCCAGUAGCCGAGAAUACGUCUAAGAUGCCCGGCCAGCUGACUGCAAGACCCAUGUGCCACUGAGCCUGGAACAGCCCGGAUUUUGCCGCCCAAGCUGGGCAUCAUUGACUUUUAAACCCCCUCGGAGGGAGGGGGGGUGUGUGCUCUCGUUUUACCCCGUUUUAUUAUUCCUCCUCUGCUCUUUGAUUGUGUUUUUAUU